UCCGCCCUCCUCAUUACUGAUGCGGCCACCCAGCGGACACUUUGAAGUCUGCCUGAUGUGAUCAGUGAGCUGCUGAAGUCCGGAGCGGAGACACGCACACGCAGCAGCAGCAGCAGCAAAGUGAGGACGCUUCCUCCUCUCUCACACACACACACACACACACUUUGGAUCUAUAAAGUGUAAACACUGUGGUGCUUUUACGCACACACACACACACUCUCACACACACACUCUGUGGACUUUUUAUGGAGGUGUUUGGAGUAUGUCGGAGAUGAAGAUGCUUCAAACGGACUGACUCCGUCCUCUGGGACAUUUAAGGACGUCCAGCUGUUUUUUAUUAUUUUUAUUUGUUUAAUGGGGACAUAACUGCUGUGUGCAUGGAUUAAACUAAACACCACCUGGACUUAAAGUAACGCGCAUCCACCUCUCCAAAAAAACAAACAAACAACAACAAAAAAAAGGCGCAGCGCCCUCUCUCCAAUGAAAUAUCUCCCCGUUGCGGAUCGACUAAGUAAGCGGAUCGAGCUCAGUGAGACCAGCCGACAAACCAGUACCCGUCCCGGUGCUGUGGUCUCUUUGUUGACCCCUUUGGAUCCACUUCGCCAAGCAAAGCGGCUUCCUAUCCGAGUCAUCAAGAUGUUGACUGCGCACACAGGACACUUGCUACACCCGGAAUAUUUACAGCCUUUGACGUCCGCACCAGUGAGCAUAGAGCUGGAUGCCAAGAAGAGUCCGCUGGCCCUGCUGGCACAGACCUGCUCUCAGAUCGGUAAACCAGAUCCUCCGUCCUCCUCCUCCUCCUCCUCCUCCAAGCUGGGCUCCUCUUGCAGCAGUCAGGGGGACAAGGAGCCCAGCAGUCGGUCAUCCGCCUCCAGCUUGAAGCUCGGGGAGCACCGCCCCUCCCUGGAGGACAAGUGUAGCUUCAAGCCGUACAACAAAGGCAGCGGAGACUGUCGCAGAGAUGGAGUGACCAGCUCCAACAGCAGCAGCAGCAGCAGUGAUAAAGUCGGGUUCAGGGUACCCAGCAAUAAUGUCACCUCUAACGGGAGUUCAACUACUGGCCAGCAGUCCGCCUAUCCGCCCCACGCCGCUUCACCCAGCUCCAGGGCGAGCAGCAGCACCCCACCAGGACACACUCAGCAGCAGCCGCCUCACAAACAGAGCCAGUCUUCAGGUGGACAGUCCACGUCACACUCCCAGACUCUCCCGAAUGGAGACUCUGCACACGAGCAGGGAAGUCCUACCAGCACCACCAGCAAUAACAGUCACCCCAAAAAGGACGCUGACAAGAUCAACUCGGACAGUCCUCACGACGCAAACUCCAGCCACGUCCGCGCCAGCACAAACUGCAGCAACGGCAGCUCCGACGACGGAGGUAAAGCUUCAGAGUCCGCCCAGCCGAGCCUCGGACCCGGACGCAUUACGCCCAUUUCUCCUUACAAGACGAGCCAGCCACUCUUCCCUCUGCCCUCCUCUAACAUGGGCUACCACGGAUCUGUAGUUGGGGCUUACGCCGGCUACCCGUCUCAGUUCGUCCCCGGGCUGGAUCCGACAAAAUCGAGCCUCGGCGUCGGAGGUAUGGGAGUUCCCGGAAAGCACCCGAGCUCCAGCCCUCUCACGGGUGCCUCCCCUCCCUCCUUCAUGCAAGGCUUAUGCAGGGACCCCUACUGUCUUAGCUAUCCGAGUGUGUCCCAUCUGGGCGGAAGCAACUGCAACUCCUGCAUCCACGACCCCUCUUCCACCCUCAAAUCAAAUUUCCCCUUGGUGUAUCCAUCCCACCCGCUCCACUCCCUCCACCAAAGCUCCCUAUCGUCCAGCGUGACCUCCUCCCUCUCACAUCCCCUCUACACGUACGGCUUCAUGCUCCCCAACGACCCCCUGCCCCACGCCUGUAACUGGGUGUCCGCCGGCGGGCCCUGCGACAAACGUUUCACCACGUCAGAGGAGCUCCUGGCUCACCUCCGCACGCACACGGCGCUCCCCGUGGGGAUGGACAGUAAGCUUUCCUCCUCUGGACCAGCCUCCUGCCACCUUCACCUCCCACACCAGAGCAGUCCAGGCUCCAUGCCCAGCUCCCUCUCCCUCAGGGCUCCCCCCAGCCUGGGUUUAGCUCGCUAUCACCCCUACAGUAAAGUCCACCUUCCCCCUGGACCGUCCUCCCUGUCCCUGCACUCUCUGCCCACCACAGGCCCGUACUACCCUCAUUACGCCCUCUACAGUCAAAGACUCGGAUCUGCAUCCGCUCUGGGCUACCAGUGAUACACCAUCUACUCCUAUGUUUAAAGGAAUGGGUCGACAUUUUGGGAAGUAGGCUCAGUCGCUUUCUGGCCCGGGGUUAAGACGCUUAGCUUAGCUUAGCACAAACACUGGAAACCAAUGGAAACUGCUAGCCAGUUUUCAGGCAACAAGAUUUAGCAAGUUGGAAGUCCUAGCCAAGAAAUAUACCUCACCUCACCAGCUAUAUAUUAAACAAUGUGUUGAGGUACUGGUCUGCAGAUCUUGUUGCUCCUAGACAGAACCAGGCUAGCAGUUUCCCUCUGUUUCCAGUGUUUGUGCUAAGCUAAGCUAAUCGCCUCCCGCCCUUAGCCUUUUAAUAUAACAGAAACAUUAAAAAGUGGUGGGGGUUUUUUCUCACCUAACUCACCACCAGAAAGCCAAUAAGCAUAUUUUAAAAACAGACUGACCACACUCCAGCUCUGCUUAGCUUAGCUUAGCUUAGCUUAGCUUAGCUUAGCACAAAUGCUGGAAACAGGGGGAAACAGCUAGCCAGUUUCCAGGCAACAAAGAUUUCGCCAGCCAAGAAACAUACCAACCCAAAACCAGCUACAUAUUCAACAAACAUGAUAUAGUGUGGUCGAGAGAUCUUGUUGUUUGUUUUCAACAGAGCCAGGCUAGCAGUUUCCCCCUGUUUACAGUCUUUAUGCUAAGCUAAGCUAAUCACCUCCCGCCAGAAAGCCAGUGAGCUUAUUUUUCCCACCCCCAAAAUAUCGAUCCAUAACUUUAAGUUUGUACUUAAUUGCGGCAAGUUGCUGCUCCCCUCUAACUUUAAACUGGGUUCACGUGGGAACUACGACGGAAGUGCAAGUCCUGGAUUUUGACUUGAGUGCAUCUUCACACUUUUUUUUCUUUCCACAUUAUAUUUGAGAUUUUCUAAUCAGGCUCCACUCCGCUAAAGAUCAGAGGACACAUGUGGCAUCUUGCAUGUCUGCACAUUGUCCCCAUUGGAUACUUUUUUUUUUUUUUUUUCUUGCAACAGCAGACAUGACUGCCCCCCCUUUGGUGACUUGUUGCCGCCCCAUGGGCUCGGCAAACAUUGACGGUUUUGGACGCUGUGUGAUAGCACUUGGGAUGUUCAGGGUUCUCUCUCUGCGAAUGACGAUGAUUUAAGUGCAGGAAAUAUCUGUAGUGGUGCGGCAGGGAUGGCAAUAAGCUGCCGCUGUGGACUGAUAGAGGUAAAAAUCGGGCCCCUUGCAAGAGAUGCAUGUAAGCUUGACACAGCGUACACGCUUAACUGUUUAUUCAGCCCCAUCAGUUUGUGAUGAUUUGUUUUUGGAUCCUUAUGUUCUGUUUAUUCCUACUGAGAAAGUUGUAUUUAUUUUUUAAACCCGGGGAAUCUGGCUUUCAUGUUUUUCCAUAUAAAUCUAUUCUCAUUUUACAAUCCUCUCUGAGCAGACAUGUGGGAAGCCAGAUGACAGAUGUUGGAGAACGAUGAAUGUUGAAGAUCACAUCUCUCUCUUUCUCUUUGAACUCGUCAGCUUUUUUGAUUUUUUUUUUCUUCUUUUUUUAAUUUCCACAGCAAAUCAAUAAUAAUAAUAAUAAAGAAAAGAAAAAGAAAAGAAAUGAGAUGUGAUAUUUUUUGUAAAAAUUGGAUUACCCUGUGGUGGUGUCCAGUUAAAAGUGGAGGUCAUAUUUUGUUAAAAUAAAUCACACUGAAGAUGUU